AGGAGGAGAGCAUUUACAAGGUAUCAUAAUGGCACCCGACCUAAUCUGUAUCUAUGGAGGACCCCUCUCCUCAACCGUCCUCCAACUUUCCUCUCAUCAAUGCUUUCCCACUCACCAUUUAAAUAUUCCUCCACCCUUCAUCUCUUUCCUCUGAUCCUCAUCAACCCAGAAAUUAAAAAUUCCCAGAAAAGUGAAAACCAAAAUGAACAUGAAGAUCAUCUCUCUCUCAUCCAUUUUCCUCAUCAUUGUAAUCUCCUCUACUCUCGCGACCCGACCCGAUUCUUUUGGACCAUUUUCCGCCGACCUCAAUCACUCCCCCAACAAAGCAAAACAGCCAGGAGGCGGCGGCAACGAUGGUGGGUUCGGCGGGAUGUACGGCCCGGGUAACGGGUUUGGGAUACCCGGGUUUGGACAAGGGUGGGGGAACGGGAUUAUAGGUGGCGGGUAUGGAUCCGGGUAUGGAGGUCCGACCGGAGGGUAUUCCAGAAAUGGUGUGAUAAGGCCUAGUGUUGUGUGUAAAGAGAAGGGACCUUGUUACAAUAAGAAGCUGACGUGUCCGGCGAAGUGCUUUACAUCCUAUAGCCGGUCGGGGAAAGGAUACGGCGGCGGAGGUGGUGGCGGAGGGUGCACCAUGGAUUGCAAGAAGAAGUGUGUUGCUUACUGUUAAGGAGGUGAAAGUUUGGUGGGACGGGUAUUAGCCGGUAGCCGGUAACACUUUCUAUUAACUACAAUAGUAGUUAUAUGUGAUACAUAUAUAAAUAGUUACUUGAUGGGUGUUUUCAAAGUUCAAUCAUACAUAUUUUUAUGUAUGAUUAUGUAUCGUAUUGUAUGGUAUGGUAUGGUAUGGUGGGUAUGAAGGGAUUUCUCCUAAGUUGAGGAAUUUUUUUGCCUGAA